AUGUGCGGGGUCUCCCAGCCUGCUCACAGGGGCGGGGGGAGUGCUCAUAGGGAGGGGGACCUGGGGGGGCGGACACAGAUUCUUAGCCGGGGGGGGGGGAAUCAGACACAAAGAGACUGCGGAGGAUCCGGUCACAGCUGCCCGUGUGCCCAAUGCGGGGGGGGUCCCGGUGUCCGGUUGGGGGUCUCGGUUUCGGUGGUGCAGAAGAAUAAGAAGAAGUGCGACCCGACACCGAGUGCUAGCACCGGGGCCCAGGAACACACCGGCCCGCGCAGCGCGUUCCCGAUCUCGGAAAGGGGGAGGAGCCGGGCGGAUACGCGCACCCAGGUGACAUCAAGUAGACCCCCCAAUAUAGGACAGGUCGCCCCAAAACGCCCCUCAGUUCCAACAGGCCCAGAAUAA